AUGGCAGCAGCAACAACAACAGCAGCAAGUUAUGUUGAAAUUCAAGAUGAAGAAGCUAAUUCCUCGUUCAUGCUUGGUAAACGAGAUGUUUUAUUAAAUAAUUAUCAAUCUGCAUGUGAUCAUUUAUCCAAAGCAUGUGAACGAAUUGUAAAAUUACGUGGAAGUGAUACAGUAACGGAACUUGCUGAACCCUAUUUUUAUUAUGGUCAAGCUUUACUUUAUCUUGGUCUUAGUGAACAACAAGUAUUUGGAAGUGAUAUUGUUAAAGAUGAAGAUAACGAUGAAAAUGAAAAUGAAGAAAUCGAAGACGAUGUAGAAGAUGAAAAAGAAGAAGCAGAAGGAGCAGGAGGAGGAGAAGAAAAAGGUGAUACUUCAAUUCCAGAUGAUGAACAAGUUAAUGAUCUUGAACGUGCUUUUGAAAUUCUCGAAUGUGCACAUAUGAUUUAUUCGAAAAUGUUAGAAACAGACUCAAAUAAUGCACAUAUAAUAACUCGUUUAGGUGAUAUACAUGUUAUGCUUGCAGAUAUAUGCAAUGAAAACGGUGAUCAUGAAAAUGCUCUUUCAAAUGUUCUUAAAGCAAUUGAUUUACAAGAAACAAUCAAUGAACAACAACGUUAUCGUUUACUUGCUGAAAGCUAUUAUAAAUUAGGUUUAAUCUAUGAAUUAAUCAAUAAAUUUACUGAAGCUGUUGAUAGUUUUGAUAAAGCUAUUAUUGCUCUUGGUAAAGCAAUUGAACAAGCUAAUGGUGAUGAUAAGGAAAGUGAACGUGAAGAACUGAAAUCACUUUUACCAGCCAUUGAACUUAAACGUAAUGAUGCACAAGCAUCAAUUGCUGAUAAACAUUUAAUUGCACAAGCAAGAAAUAUUAUUACAGGAACAAAUGGUGCAAAUAAUAAUCAUACAACUGAUAAUAGUACAGCAGAAGCACCAGUAAAAGAUUUAACAUUAACAAUUCGACAUAAACGACCAGCAACUGAAUCACAAAAUACAGAUGAAGAAAAUAAAAAAGCUAAAACUGAAGAAAACUAA